AUGAUCAAAAAUGACACGAUCCUUGAUGGAGAUGAUCCGCUAUGUGCAUUGUAUGAAACCUACACAACUGUACGUUUCAUAUUCAUCACAUUAGCCACUGUUAUUGCUUGUUUGGGAACAGGAGCGAAUCUAAUCCUUAUCCAUGUGUUUGCGUUAAAGAAGUCCGCAACUACACCAGCUACACUUUAUCCAACAAUAUUAGCUUUUCUUGAUUUCGCCAUAUGUCUAGAAUAUUUACUAUUAUUUGGUGUGGAUGCUGUUGUGAGUUUUGUAAAAGUUGAGAGUUUAUUCUUGUUGUACUACACCUACAUUAUACCAGCAUAUGUGGCCAGUCGAAUUACUCAACUCGCUAUACCGUAUAUGCUGAUAUUCGCUACUCUGGAGAGACUUGUGUGGAUAUCGGAAAAUAUACGUAGUCGCUUUCUGUUGAUAAUGUAUUCAACGUCUGGACGAUAUUUCACUGCUAUCGUAUCACUUCUUGUUUGCGUUGCACUACGCCUUCCUACCGCUUUUGCGAUGGAGGUGGCCGUAUAUCCGCAUUGUGAGGACUUCUUUCGUACUAUGACUACACAACCGAGAGAGUGGACACAUCAUUCUAAAAUCUAUUAUUUCUUUGAUUUUCAUCUGAUGACGAUCACGCAAACAUUGGUACCGUUCGUCAUACUCUUCGCUCUGAACAUCAUAAUUAUUCGAAAGAUCACCAAUACAACACAGAAGAAGGAAAGUCUUUGCAGUCCAAGUCAACUUCAAGUGGACUCGUUAAAUUGUGUGAUAUCACGGUCGAUUCGACCGGUGAAAAGCGUAUCAGCGUCGGUGCGAAGCGCCAUCAUGACCAUGGUCGCUAUCGUUGCCAGUUAUUUGAUUUCAAACACUCUUCAUCUCAUAUUGACAGUGAUGGAGAGAUCGGAUCAUCCGCUCUUACGAGAUCCUCACGACCCAUUGCUCUCUUCAACUUUUCAUACAUUUUUUUCGGAUGCUGUGUCGUUCGUUUACAUGUUUACGUCGGCAAUACGCAUUCUGAUCUACUUCGGUUGUAAUCCAGUUAUCCGGGCGGAUAUUCGCAAUUUCUUUAGGAGGAAUUCUGCUGUUUAUUUGUGA